AUGGCUACAUGCCCGUUGGCAGCCACUGGUCCAGCUAGUCGUUGCGCGUGCGGUAAGACGACAUCAGAGGCGGUAGCGCACGAGGGCCAGGUGAGCUUUCCAGGGCUGUGGGAGAUGAUAGACAGUCGAUCGCCGCAUGGCAUGGGGGAAGGCUCAGUCGGUGACUCGGUGCGUGCCCGCGGGCAUUUGGGCGCUAUGGCCGGUUCUGACAAGCCCACGGCACAGUGUAGCCGCGCAGGAUGGGCCACAUUCGCCUGGCUUGGAAACUCCCAUGCGAUUGGCCAGGCUGCCAGAGGCGUGAUAUAA